GUACAAAAUGUCUCCCGAAAUACUGCUCUCUUUCCUCAAUCUCGUUCCCAGAGCUGCCGGACGUAUUUUACCACCACUGCGAUCCACUGCUCAUGCAAAAAAUCAAUAUGAAAUCAUGGAAGUUUGUGCUUUUUGACAUUUUAUAGCUUCAUUCAAGAUUAGGAUAAAUGUACUAGUAUAUGAGUUGAUUUGAAAGAUGUUUAACAUUAGGUAUUAUAAAGUGAUUGUAAAGAGAUAUAAAUAUACAAUUAUUGCCCUUGCAUCGAUAUGGGUUUUUAUUGUGUACUGGUAUUCUAAGUCAUUGCUUUCAUAUGUCAAGAUUGAAAACAUGGACCUUGGAUUGAUUGGUGACUUUUCCUGUGAUAAAUCGGUUUUACCUGAUAAAUGUGCAUUCAACGUUCGCCCAUUCCCCUACGGCAAGAAAUAUUGUAGCAUGAUGUCACAGUGUCAAGGAUUUGUUUAUAAUAGUGGCCUCAACAUGGUUGUACUAAAGAACACUGUUAAGGGUGCUGCUAAAUAUUCUCCUGGAUUUGAACUCCAUAUUAAGUCAUAUUACCAUGACUCAGUAAACAUAACCUUAGAAGAGUGUGCUGCAACCAUUGAAAAGGAAAGUACAAAUUCUGGCCUGGCAUGUAAUUUACCAAAGAUCAAUCCAUUUGAUGAAUCUCUGAUGGGUUUGAUUAAAGACAAACAACUUGACUGUAAAGGCACUCCUGUUACCCGCUAUGAAGAUGGAAUACUUACAUUCAUGACUGAUGGUAACAGCAUUGAUAAAGUCACUUAUGAAACAAUCACAAGAGAAAAUCAAGAUUUUGGUUAUGGAGUUGGAAAGACAGGAACAUUAACAAGAACACAGAACACUGCUGUCUUGAAUGAAGACUCAGUUCGUGUAAUUUACUAUGAAAAUAGUCAAAAACAAGUUGAUUUCCAUAUGUCUAUAUCGCCAUCCCAAGUUGCUGUAUCACGACAAGGAGAGAAGCCUAAUAUUCCAUUGGAUAUAAUGGUUUUGGGAUUUGAUUCUACUUCGUUGUCACACUUUCAACGUAAACUUCCCAAAGUUAAGAAGAUUUUACAGGAAGACCUUGAAGCAUGGGUAUACAAUGGUUACAGCAUUGUUGGUGAUGGGACUACACCAGCUUUUCUUGCAAUGCUUGCUGGAAAGGAUGAAAAAGAGCUAUCUGAAGCACGGAAAUCCAAAAAUGGUGAUUACAUUGACAAAUGGCCAUUUAUUUUCAAGAAACUCCAUCAACAUGGCUACGCUACCUUUUUUUCUGAAGACCAAGCAAAGUAUGCUAGUGUUCAUUAUCGUCUGAAGGGUUUCUAUAAACAGCCUGUGGAUCACUGGAUGCGCCAUUUCUGGUUAGCAGCAAGUGAUCACACUAAUGGAAAGGAAUAUUGGUGCUUAGGAACAGAGCCUGCUUACAGGAAAAGGUUUAGAAAUAUUAAGAGUUUUUACAAAGCUUACCCAAAGCAAAGAAAAUUCUCCUUUUCAUUCUUCACCAUUGGCCAUGAUGACGUCAAUGCUCUAGGUUACCUCCAAGAUGACUUUGUGACAUUUCUGAAGGACAUGAAAUCUAGUGGUUACCUUGACAACACAUUUUUAGUUGUUAUGGGUGACCACGGUAUUCGAUAUGGUGCAAUCCGCAAGACUAUGUUGGGAAAACUAGAGGAAAGACUUCCUCUUCUUUCUAUAUCAGUACCUCAGUGGUUUAAAAACCAAUAUCCUGAGCAUUCUCGUCACUUAGGGAUAAAUACAAAUAGGUUAACUUCACCAUAUGAUUUACAUGCAACAUUUCAGCAAAUUCUCUCCAAAAACCACCAGAAAACAUACAAGCACGGCCAGAGUUUGUUCACAGAGAUAAGUAAGUCUAGAACAUGUGAUGAAGCUGGAAACCCAGAGCAUUUUUGUCCUUGUGUAAACUGGAAGCCAGUGGAUCCCCAUCACAAGCACAUUAAGCAGAUAGGCCAGGAGACGGUGAACUUCAUCAACAAGCUUAUCCAAAAGGAAAAUCUUCAGAGCAAAUGUGCAAUGCUGUCUCUUCAAAAAGUUAGUGAUCCUGUUUAUGUUGCUCCUAAUGAGCAUGUCCAGAGUUUUGGUGGAUCAGCUGAUGUAGAUGGCAGAGUUGUCACCAAAGGAGCUAAGCCUAAAGGAAUGUGCAGCUAUCAAGUCCAAGUCACAACAUCGCCUAAUGGUGGUGUUUAUGAGGUCACAGGUCAUGUGACCAGCAUGAAUCCAUAUGUCAACCCUGAGAUAAGUAGAUUGGAUGAAUACCGUGAUCAGCCCAAGUGCAUCAUGGAAUCGCAUCCUCAUAUGAGAAAAUUCUGCUACUGUUCCAUUUAGAUGUGAUGAUGACAUCACCAGUGUUUUUUUAAUGUUGUUUUCAUUGAUAUGUAUUUGGAAGGGCGCAAUUCAACACCUGACACACUUGACUCGCAACUUGUAAUCUGGUUUUGGUUUUGAGUCAAGAAUCAAAUGCUACAACUGUUUGAAUGUUGUCAGGCAAAUUGUAUGCCACAGUUGUAGUUCAAAAUCAUGUUUGUGUAAAAUUUGCCUUUUACGUUGGGAGAAACUAUUGCAACUAGUAAUAGAAUUAUGUUCACAGAUAACAAAUAACAGUUCGCAUUAUAUGUUCACCUUUAUUCUUGAUGAAAACCAUAACCAAUAACCAAUAUUUGAAGUGCAAAAUGAGCUCAACAAUUCUCUACACCAUCCUGAAAUGCAACUGUGUCUUGACACUGAACCAGUAAAAAUGGUAGAAACCUUUGUUUGCACCCAUACUUUUACACUCAUGAUUACUGAUCGAUCGCCUUUGGCUUUGAUGAUGCAGAGGGGUUACAUUUGAAGAUGGUGAAUUGAACUGUAAAGACUUUUUUAUAAGAAUACUAUUCUGUAGACACCUAUUCUCAAUCAUUUGUUGAAAGUAUUUACAUAAUAUUUGCUGGAUUUUAUUUUAUUUUAUUUUUUCUUUGAAUUAUUCAAAAAAUAUAAUAUUAUAAUGUGAUAAAACACGCUGUAAAUACUAUUUGUAAAGUUGGCAGGCUAUAUAACAAUGUUUUUCAUAGCUCAAGAAAUUAUACUAAUAAUGAUGAGUGUAUUAUAAAAGCUCUAAUAAUAUAAAAGAUUUUAUUUGAUUAAACAUGAAAGUCAUACUAAGGAAAAUAGAUAACUGUCAAACAGUUUCAUAAUUUUUAUGUUUUCUUUGAGGUUUUUCUUAACAUUUGCAAUUCUAUUAGCAUAGCUAAACACUGUUGUAAGUUGAGACAGAAAUAAAAUUCUUGAAAAGGCAA